UUAAAUUGCUGGACUUCCCACGGCCACACAAUGAAGAAAAAAACCAAGGGAAAGACGACACAAAAUUUCGAUUCUCCUGCAGUAUGGAUGAUUAUUACAGAAGGAACCAUGUUCCGGCUUUUGGUAGCUGGGAUUGGAACAACGACCUUCCUUUUACUCAGUGUUUCGAAUCGGCUAGACAAACCGGAUUGCUUCGUUACAAUUGCUCCGAGGAUCGUGAUUUAUAUGUUGCCGGUGAUCUUUUUGAGAACGAUGUUGUUACUCCUGCCAUGAUCGUCGUUCCUCGUAAAAGGACAAAAGUACGACAGUCGCAUGUUAAAGAAGACAAAACGCAAAGCUGGGAGGCCGGUGACGUGAAACAACCGGCAGGGACAGAACCAAACCCCGAUCCUACGGCCAAGCCAACUCCAAACCCCGUUGAUGAAGACCUUUACAAAAUCUCACCUGAACUGCUUUACGCAAAAACAAAAAAGAAGAAAGGGUUGUGCUUUUUCUCUUGCUGCUUGGUCCCAAGUUGAUUAUUUUGAAGCCGCCACUGCCGCCCCUUGCUUACUGCAUUCUAAAAGCCGAUAUAUAUUAGUAUUACGUGAAUAUAGUUUAAGAUGUUGAGAAAUAGUAAAUGGACAAUGCCAUGGGGUUAAGAUGAUAAUUAUUAUAGUGAUUACUGUUAUAUUAAUUAUCAUGUGAGGUUAUU